AUGAAGCUCUUCGCUACCAUCACCUUCUUCAGCGCUUUGGCUGCAGCUGCGCCAGUCCUCGACGCACGCGCUACCACCACCGCGAAGACCUCCAGUGCUCUCAAGACCAGCAGCGCAGCGGCCGUCGUCAAGUCCAGCAGUGUAGUUGCAGUCGUCACUGCGAAGUCUAGCAGUGCAGCAGUCGUUUCGAAGGCUAGCAGCUCCGCGGUAGUUUCCAAGGCCAGCAGCUCUGCCAUCGUCUCUAAGGUCAGCAGCGCUGCCAGCUCAGUCAUCACUUCGAAGGCCAGCAGCGCAGCCGCCACAACAACGGGUACCGCACCUCUGCUUGGUGUCAAUGUCGGUGGAUCGUCCUCACCUCUUUUGGGAGUCAAGGUCUCGUCUUCGACCUUGUUGGCCGUCGACGUUAGCCUGGGAGCUUCAUCUGCCAAGGCCUCAUCGGUAGCCACCAUCACUGCGGCGCCCACUUCCGCUCCAGCUACAGCUUCCACUGCUCUGCCGUCCACCUUCUCCGCUCCAGUCCAGGGACAAGGCAAGCUCACGCUCGACAACCUCCCCGCGAUGCCGGGCGUGAUCGACAAAGCCUUCUCUGGCGUUCUUGGUGCUGCCUAUGGCCUCACUGGUACAAUCAGCAACCUCCUUGUUGAUGGCAACAACUACGGCACGAACACUAGCGUUGCAGCAUGGUGCGACGGAGGCCGCUGCUAUGGUGCUGCCAGUGCUCCGUUGAGCGCGACGGCUCCUUUCAUCAUCACCUGCGAUCAGCUCAGCGGUACACAAGUCUGCUCUGCGACCAUCUCGGGUGCGGCCAAUGCCAUCUUCCAGAAUGGACAGUCAGUUGGUAAGUCUUCAUCCAUCCUCACAUCACAGCUCGACGCUAACUUUGACUAG